AUGAUGUUCGCUUACAAGAAGCACUUCACCACUGCCAUCGUUGGGGUGCUGAUCGCGCUCUCCAUCAUUGCCCUUGUUCUCAGCCUGGUGAAGAUUGAAGAUGUCUCCCUGCCACCCACAGUCAAGUAUGGGAUGGUGUUUGAUGCAGGCUCAUCCCACACCUCUCUGUUUGUCUAUGAGUGGGAUUCAGACAAGGAGAACGACACUGGUGUGGUCAGCCAGACCUUGUCCUGUGAUGUCCAGGGUCAAGGCAUAUCGAGCUAUGCCAAUGAUCCCUCGAAAGCCGGUGAUUCUCUAAGGGAUUGCCUGGAUAAAGCCCUGAAGGUUGUUCCUGCUGCAAAACAGAGGGAUGUCCCAGCUUAUCUCGGAGCAACAGCAGGCAUGAGGCUACUGAGGGAACAGAACAGCUCAACGGCAGAUCAAGUCCUGGCCGAAGUUGCUAAAACCAUGCGAGAGUACCCCACAGCUUUCAAAGGGGCUCGGAUCCUUACAGGAGAGGAGGAGGGGGCUUAUGGCUGGAUCACCAUCAACUAUCUGCUGGACUCCUUCACUAAGUACUCCCCGAAAGCACACACGUGGGUUCAUCCAGAGGCGGCCAACAUUUUUGGGGCACUGGAUCUUGGAGGAGCAUCCACUCAAAUCAGCUUUAUGCCCGAAGGUCCAGUGAUAAACUGGAAUAAAACCUCCAAGUUCAUGCUGUACGGGUAUAACUACAACAUCUACACACACAGCUAUCUCUGCUACGGGCAGAAUGAGAUGCUGAAGCGACUGGCAAAGGAAUUAAUUGCGGAGUCACCCUCCAGCACGCGAGUCGAUCACCCUUGCUACCCAAAAGACUACAAUGAAACCGUCUCGCUGUCUUCCUUCCGCACCAGCCCCUGCACGAACGGCAGCGCACCUCGCGACAGGGACGUGACCCUGGAGGGCAGGGGCAAUGCCGGCGGGUGCCUGGCUGCCAUCAAGAAGCUGUUCAACUUCUCGGCGUGCGGCCAGAGCCAGGACUGCACCUUCGACGGCGUCUACCAGCCCCCGGUCAGAGGGCAGUUCAUUGCCUUCUCUGCCUUUUACUAUAACUUCAAGUUUCUCAACCUGACCGAGGGGCAGUCACUGGCGACUGUCAGGGAGACCAUCGAACAUUUCUGCACAAGAAGCUGGGAAGACCUGUCUUCUAGCUACACUGAAGAGAAUCCUGAGCGACUGCCUAAAUACUGCGCCAACGCCAACUACAUCCUCACACUCCUCCUCGACGCCUACAAGUUCAACGAGACCAGCUGGAACAACAUCUUCUUCCAGAUGAAGGCGGGGAGCGCCGAUGUCGGCUGGACGCUGGGUUACAUGCUGAACCUCACCAACAUGAUCCCGGUGGAGGCUCCAGUGUGGGUGAAGGGGCACAUUCCUUCCCUGUGGGCUGCAGCUGUCACCUUCAUCAUCCUCACCAUUGCCUUGGGGCUUGCUGCCCUGCUCCUGCACUCCUGGGUGUAG